AUGGAGACUGUGAAAGUGGAUUGCAUGUAUGAGAUUUCAAAGCAUCAGUUCUACAGGACAAGAUCGAAAUGUGCAGAAGUUAUUAACGGGAUUGUAGCUGAGCAAUACAAAAUUUUAUGGGAUUACGAUGAGGAAUUGAAGAGAACAAAUUCAGGCAGUACAGCCCAAAUCGAAUGUUCGGGACAUACUUUUAAGAGAUUGUACAUCUGCAUAGGGGCCUGUAAGGAAGGGUUUAAGGCUGGGUGCAGGCCAGUUGUUGGGUUGGAUGGAUGCUUCCUAAAAUCUGCAGAAGGUGGACAGUUGUUGGCAGCUAUUGGCAUUGAUGGUGAGAAUUGUAUGUUCCCGUUAGUAUGGGCAGUUGUGGAUGCAGAGAACAAAACAAACUGGCAAUGGUUCAUAGAAUUGUUGGUUGAUGACAUAGGGAUGCACAACCCUCAAGCUUGGACAUUCAUAUCCGACAAACAAAAGGGUUUGGUGGAUUCCAUAAGUCAAUAUUGUGAAGGAGCGAAGCAUAGGUGUUGUGCUAGAUAUCUUUAUAGCAAUUUCACCUUGACACACAAAGGUCUGGUACUUAAGAACCUAUUUUGGACUGCAGCAAGGGCAACAACAGUGCCGGAGUGGAAGAGUGCAAUGAAUGAGUUAAAAGACAUGAGUGAAGAGGCUUACAACUGGUUCCUUGAAAAACCUCCUUCCCAGUGGACUAGAUCCCAUUUUGAAGAGCAUUCGAGAUGUGAUAUUCUUCUUAAUAAUUUGUGUGAGGCAUUCAACUCUUCCAUUGUUGUUGCCAGAGACAGGCCCAUCAUCUCCAUGCUAGAGAAAAUUCGGCAUCAGCAAAUGAUAAGGAUGAAUGCAAAAAGGGAAGCGGCAGAGAGGUGGGAUCAUGCAUUCGGGCCAAGAAUUGUGAAAAUCAUUGAGAAGGCUAAGUCUGAGGCAAGGUACUUGAAGGCAAACUAUGCAGGCAACCAGAAAUUUGAGAUAAGUAGCAGAGACGGUUUGAGGUGGAGCAUUGACUUGACAGAACAUGCAUGUGCUUGCAGAAAAUGGCAGCUCACUAGAAUACCAUGUCCCCAUGCAAUAUCAGGCAUGCUUUCAAGGGAUAUUGGCAUAUAUGAGUACAUCAACCCAUGGUAUAGCAAGGAGACAUGCCUGAAAUGUUACUCCCCAGUGAUCCACCCGAUGUCAGGGCCUGAACUGUGGCCGGAAUUGGGAAAGCAUCCUCUCACUCAACCUCAGAAGAGAAAAUAG